AUGGCACAUCCUAGGGUUCGAACUCGCAUUCAAAAGUGGCUAAGCCAAAACAACACUCACCAAGAGCGCAUCAUUCAAGUUACUCGAGUGCCGAUCGAAGUUAUUUUCCAGAUAAUCGAAGGACUUCUUGCCGAUGACGAUAUAUGCACGGCAACCUGUCUUGCUUUGACUGCUCGAGCAUUCUAUAGCUUCUUUCGGAACGUGCACCCACAUCCUAUCUUACUCAACACAAAACCACCUGUUUCUUCCACUUGUGACGGAGAAGGACUUCCUUGUACUCUUGCAGCAAUCCUACGCCCAUGGUUCGGCCCAAAAUAUCGCUUUUCGGAGGCUCUUACCCAAUAUCUUCUUCGUUCUGUCUAUGGAAAUCAUGCCGACGGUGAGAAAGAGUGGGAGUUGAUAAAGCGAACCAGAGACUAUCAUAAUAUCGUUGCAAGGCAAGGAGUCAUGUGCGGAGAAAGAAUUCUACCUAAUCCAUUCGGAAUGGGAGAAGAUUGGGCCAUUGCAGCUAUCCGCCAGUUUGUCAAGCAUGUUGAAACAGCUAGCCCUGACAUCUCCACCGUCGAUAAUAAUUUAUUUCCUGCGCAUUUCGUGGAACCAACGAUGUCCAAAUUCGCUGUCCGAGAGAGAUUCAAGAUGAUAAAUUUGGGAAUUAAGAAUAACUAUGCGAAGUUCACUGGAAUGUCAAAAAGCUACUUGUGGGCAUGGAUGGGAAUGUAUGUUGAUGUCUGGGUUCCGAAAUGGGGUCCAGGGGGCGACAUAGGUGCAGGUCGAUAUUAUAAGUACAUCCGUCAUAGGUGUUUUUGGGAGGCGGUAGUUCAGGCUUCGAAGCAAGACUGGGAGAGACAUUUUCUUCUCGUCAAAGAUGGAAUCGAUGUCCCUAAAGUUGGAUUGAGAAGUAUUGUAUUAAACUGA